AUAUUCCCUCGCAGGUCCGGCAGGUUCCGCCAAUAUAGGGCCAGGAUAGGAAGUUCGGCCUCACAGUGAGCCAUUCGAUCCUUGCUGCGGCAAAACUCGAGAAUGAGAGAACAAGCAACGACAGCUAUCCUGGUGGCACUAUGUAUAUUGGGGAGCGAAGCCGCUCCCACUUUUCCGCCUAACGGAAAAACACACAGCAAUGCACCGCUCGGAAUUCUGCGAUUACCUCAGCAUCAGACCGCAUGCAUCGUCGACGUCAUCCAGAACAAUACCGAUCCUGAAAGCCACAUAGUGUCCCGCGACGUUGAAGUGCUGUUGACCAGAUGUUUUGCUUUCCCAGUACCACGAUGCCCUGCGGAGAAUCCAAACUGCAUGAUGCAGGAGAGCGAGAACACACAGGACAGAAGCCCGCUCGAGAGCGUGACCGAGGAGUUCGCCCGCGAAGAUCCCGCCUCGGCUUCGAGUACCCAAAUGCCUUCUCCGUCGACGUCCUCACCAAUGAGUAGUGAGCCGUCUAGCGGAGCUGCGAGAAUAGAUGCGUCAUCGACCGAACAAUCAUCUCGGGACGACGAUUUCGCUUCAUCCGGACCAGAUGCUCGAGCCGAAACUGUAGGAGCGCCGAAGAAAGACGAAUCAACAAGCGAGAAAUCAGCCCAGGAUGACGGUGCCAUGCCAUCAACCGAACCACACGAGGGGGCUCUGACUAAAGAUGGACCAAGUACUGAGGAUUCGGCUCGCGACGACGACGGAAGCGGUAGCACCGAAGACUCCACAGGCAUCAAUACAACGGAAUCGUCCGAUGGUGAGACAACUACCGAGGAACUGGGCCGAGGGGAGGAUUCGCUCAUUGAGAGCAAUUCUCAAGCUCGAGCCGAUUUAGUGGGGGCGCCCAAGAAAACAUCCACGGAGGUUCCUGCCCGCAUGGAUGAUCUUGCUUGGUGAUCUAAGCAGAAACACGCACCGAUGGAAAACUGAUCAUUAGUGAAGCUAAAGCUAGAUCGUCUCUUCAGCAUGAUUUAAUAUUAUAAUGACACGACCGAGCCUCAAGAAGAAUGCGGCGGAGAUUCCGAUGACUCAAUGCAAGAGGGAGAAUGCCAGCAACUUUGCGAGACCGUGGUCUUGCAACUGAAAUAAAGCGCAUGAGAAAUUG